CCUAUUGAAACACAGAGAGGAAGGCUUCUCUUUAGAACUGGUAAGCCACCACAGGUCUUCUGCUGCUGCUACUGCAUUCAUUUAGUCCAUGAAGGUGCAGAUAUUCAGCAAUCUCAGUGACUCACAAUCUAUGUGAAUGUUAAAAGGUAUUUCCAGAUUCCGCAGGUAAAUCAGCAGAUGAACCUGUUAUAGCUCCUAGAAAACUGAGAUCCCAUCUGGUUAUCCAGCAUCUUUGUGAGCACUCUGUUUGAUUCCAGGAUGAACAAGACCAAAGCUCUUAAUGUGGUUCUUCCAUUACUGUUCAGUAAGAACUGGAGUUCAGAUCAAAGUGUCCCUACACAUAUUCCAGAUCACUGCAGAAACAGCACUGACCUCACUAUCUUUCUGGUCACCUCAUACAGCCUGGAGACCAUCCUAGGCAUUGUAGGGAAUAUGUGUCUGAUUGGUGUCAUAGCUAAACAGAAAGAGAAGGCCAAUGUGACCAACAUCCUCAUUUCUAACUUGGUAGUCUCUGACUUGUUCAUGGUCAUUGUCUGUCUCCCUUUCACCAUUGUUUACACCAUAAUGGAUUACUGGAUAUUUGGUGAGGUCAUGUGCAAAAUGACCUCCUUCACCCAGUGUGCAUCUGUGACUGUGUCAAUUCUCUCCCUGGUUCUCAUUGCUCUGGAAAGACACCAGCUCAUCAUAAACCCAACUGGCUGGAGGCCAAGCGUCACCCAAGCCUAUCUGGGGAUUGUAGUUACAUGGACAUUAGCCUGCUUGGUGUCCCUACCUUUCCUGACCACCUCCAUUUUGACAAAUGACUUGUACAAGCAGCUCUCUUAUUUCAUGAAUUAUUCCACCGACAAGGCCAUAUGCAUGGACUCAUGGCCUUCUGAGCAACAAAGACUCACCUACACCACCACCUUACUGCUGUUCCAGUACUUCAUCCCCCUCUUUUUUAUCAUGCUUUGCUAUGUGCGUAUCUACAUACACUUGCAGAAAAGACAGGAAAUGUUUGAGAAGAAUGAAUAUAGUAACAGGACUGUUCAACUGAAGAGAAUAAAUUUUUUGUUAGCAUCCAUGGUUGCUGCCUUUGCUAUUUGCUGGUUACCUCUGCACAUUUUCAAUACCAUUGAGGACUGGAAUUAUAAAGCCAUUCCUCCUUGCCACCAUAACCUAAUCUUUUCAUUGUGCCACCUGGUAGCCAUGGCUUCCACCUGUGUCAACCCAGUUAUCUAUGGCUUCCUAAACAGUAAUUUCAAAAAAGAAAUGAAGUCACUGAUUCUGAACUGUCAACGUAAUUCACUGACAAUAUCAGUGGAAGAAUAUGAGCAUUUACCUUUAUCAACCAUGCAAUCAGAGGUCUCCAAGGGCUCCAUGAUGCUAAGCUCCAGACAUAAUUCCAUCUAGAAAUGAAAGACGUCUUCAGAAGUGUCUUUUCAAGAGUCUGGAGACCAGCUGUCUUAAUUUAUUCCACAUAGAUACUAAGAGCAGCAGAAGAUACCAUAGUUUGAUUCCAGGAUGUGUACUGCGGCCAGUUGCUGUCAAUUUUUGGAAGAAUUCUUCCUUGACAUAAUAAAAAUAUCUUAAGGCUGCAUGAUCACAGGAAAUGUAGAGAGUGUGUGCAUGUCUAAGAAAUAAGUAGUGCAGCACUGCACACAGGCUGCACAUGGAUAGGCCUCAAGCAUUCAUGUUCCUUUGUUUCUAAAAUGUCUCUGGUUGCACACAGGUAGACAUCAGCUGCGCAUCCAUAUCACUGAUGAGAAAACCCAGGGCUCCUAACUACAGAUUUCAAACAAUAUCGUUAGUGAAAAUUUUCCUUUACUUGUCAGUAUUAACGAGAAUUUUAUCCACUGAAGACCGACUGCUACAAGCAGGGUGUGUACAUGCACGCACGCACGCGAGCGUGCACGCACACACACACUUUUCCUAAGUCCCAACAUUGUUGACACCCACCUACUAAUAGAGAACACUUAUCUUUCAGUGGGUGAGAGUCAGAGUUGCUCAGAUACAGCUCAUAUCCAGCAGUUCAGCACCAACAGCAUAUUGCUUUCUGCUUUACAUAGAGUUUGGGCAUGGAAUUUAAACAAAGUGAAAAAGCUUGCAUGAAAGAACCAUGGACCUGCCUUUCCAGCACCACUUGAGUUGGAAGGAAACCUGUCUCACCACAGCUUAUCUCUUCUUUAGGCCAGGCUCUUCAUGGUACUGUUACACAUAUGCUAGUCAGAAAAGUACAACAAGGACAGAGCACUAAACUAUUUGUGCAAACCAACAGUGUUGCUUCUUGAGAAGAUGUAACCAGAUCUAGCCCUUUCUAGUCAUGAAAGAGCAGCUGGAAGUCUAUUGCUUAUGUUAUACCACAUUCAGACUGCGCAGAACACUUCACUCCUAUGAAGAUGCAAAGCAAUUACAGAUGUAUAUGGAAACCCAUUUGAUUGACUUUUCUGUGUUUUUUAAAGCUGUAGAAUAUAAAGCUUCAUGCUACUGCAUGUACAGUCACAGACUUUGGUACUGGGAGGUGGCUGGCUUAUUGGAGCCUUUGACAGUUCUCAGUUGUGAGAGCAAGGGUGCACUUAGAUUGUGAAACAACUUGUCUGUGUUUGAUGUAUCACUCAAUUUCCAAGCUCUCCCUUGCUGAAGGACCAAAUGUUCCUGCUACUCAGAUAGAAAUACUGGUUGUAAUGAACAACGACACUCCAACAGGAGUGAAAACCAUAUGCCAAGAUUCUGACCUACCCAUUAAAAUAAAGCAUAUUGUCUCCUAGGGCGCUGGGCAGAGAGCACACCUGGAUGGAAUCAGUGACAGGGGCAGUGCUGACACAGUGACCAUCCUAUGGAGAAGCAAUGAAAAUGCACAAAAGGGAACAAAAGUAGAUUGACACACACAUCUUAAAUCCAAGCUACAUGUAAAUUAAGUGGGCAUAUGACAUGAUUAUUAUGGAGUAAUUUAUCUUGGAUUUUACUUUAUAGUAAAUUUACUCCAUAGGAAGGAAUGGACAGGACAUACAAUCAGCCCACCCAAACCAGCUGUCACAGUAGGUGUUAUUACAGUCUGGCCACCAGGUAGAAGAGGAGGCAGAUUGCACUAAGCCUUUGAUCCCCAAAGCUAAACUGAUUAGGGGAAUGGACACACCACAGAGUUGAUGCAGUAACUUUCCUAUAUGAUAAAAUUGUUACGCAUUAAAAUUGUUCACGUGUCAGCUUUAUCCUGAUGAUUUAUCAUGUAGUAGAAGUGUGCAUCCUGUGCCCACUCUAAUUUUUCUACAUAGUAAAAUUAGUUUACUACAUAGUAAGAAUGGCACAAAUCUACAUCCUCAGUGGUGUGCCUUAGCAUUUUUCCUGGGAAACUUGCACACAGUAAGAGACGUAACCAUCAUCCUUUUACAAAGAACAGUAUCUUGGGCUUCUGAGGCCUGAGUUCAUCUCUUCAUCAAGCUAUUUCUCUUCAGCUAUCCUGGGAAACCAAGAUAUGAGGAAGCAAAUAUUUAAGCAUUGCUGAGAGAAAUAUCAUGUAAAAGAAGAGACCAGCACCUUCACUAAAAAGAUAUCAGCCAAUUUUAGAGACAUAACUGGGGGUCACCUUUUGUCCUGCUUUGACACCCUGUAACAUCUCAAUGGAUGUGCACUUGGCGGAAGUUACUCAGUGCAUAGACAUUAUGGUGAUCAGAGCCACAGAAAUCAUACUGCUUGGUAACAACUUACCAAGAUACUUGGGUGCAUGGGUAGUUCAGAGCAACAUCUGCUUUAUUUAUAUUAUUUCUCAGACCACAGCAUAUUGGACAGAACUUAGCUGAAAACAGGAAUUAAGCCUUUUUGUACAACAAGAUAGCAAAAGGCAUCAACAACCAGUCAUCUAAGUACUCAGCUGUUGUAAGUUAGAGGAGGCUUACUACAUUCAAUGGAACCAGCUGACAUCUGUCAAGGAUCUGGUGCAUUAACUUUAUUGCGAGCUAAAGCUGCUCAUUACCUUACAGGCUGUACCUCAAUUUUUUGUGUUUGGCUGUCUAUUCCAAAUUCUGUAUACCUUCGUAAUAUAAUCCAUAUUUAAUGGGUUUUUUGUAUUUUUAACUAUUUAUCUGGCAUUUAGAGAAAGACAUACCAUAUUUACUUGAAUAGAAGAUGCCCCUGCUUAU